GGACCAGAAUGCAACAGGAUUUGACACAAGAACCACAACAAAUCCUCAGCAGCAUCUAACACUUAACAGAGAGAAGGCAACAUAAAGAUAAAGACAUGGAACAUGGUGAUGUGUGUGACUGGCUAUUUCUGCUGCCUAAAUUUUGUGUCAAUAUGAGCCGUGACAGUGUGAUGUCGACCGGGUCGCUCUUUCUUAGUAGCUACCUGUGGUAAUCCACUUAAGCUCAUGAUGCUUCUCUAAAUCCAUCCAAUCUGUUGAGUCCCUCAUUUAACAACCUCACUCAAUAAAUCUGGGUCAAUAGACGUUACCGCUGGUGUGUGUGAUGAACAAAACCAGCAGAAUAGCAGAAAAUAGCUGUUUUAUCGAGAGCAACUGAAGAUUUUAUCAACGUUCCCAGAUGGGAGCUUGGAGCCACAAGGAGGUUUGAGGAUUUUGCACGGAAAAUGGAGCAUCAAAACCACACGGAAAGCAGCUGGAAAGAAUAUUUGUGCACUCAAACCCAGGGAGAGUUUGGUGCCACGGCGAACUGGCCCGCGAACGGUGGCGAAGUGAAAAGCAGCAAUGCACAUCUGGACGAACAGGCGCAUCUGUACCGCAACUUCUGGACUGAUUCUGAGCCAGCAAGAGUCAAGAACUGGAGCAGCAGGUCGUUUGCCAUGGAUGCUAGAAUAAGACUUGAUAGUCUGAAGUCUGGGUGCAAUUCACCGCAGCCCUGGGGUAACUCGGACGACUCUUUCUACUACUAUGACAGUGAAAAAGACCUCUGGAACGGCGGAGACGUAGAGGAAGAGCAGUCUGCUUUGGACGAGGUGGAGAUACUUGACAUGGAGGAAAGCAUAGGCGAUGAAGAGAGCUGGUUAUAUGAGCCUCCAAACAGGCCGUCGUUUGAAGAAAGGGAGCCUGCGCUCAGGUGGUGUCGACACGUUCUGGAUAACCCCAGUCCCGAGAUGGAGGCUGCCCGUCGUGGGCUGAUGAACAAGCUGGAUCCAAGAUCAAGAUAUUACUUCUUCAGACAUGCAGCAGUUUCCACUCAUUCCCCGAGUGUCUCCUUGGGUUUCGCUCUGGACAAAACAUCAGUCAAUACGUCGCUCAAUGACUCUGACAGCUUAGAUCAUGUUAAGGUGACCCACCCUGAUGACUUCAUAACUACAAGCUACAGACUACAGGAUAUAACAGAUGUCCACAUAAUGGCCAGAAUACAGGAAGACAGUUUAAGACAGGCCUAUAUUUCCAUGCCUGCUGCAGCUCUCUUGAGGAGAAACUCAGACGUGUUUUCCUCAUUUUUAAACACCGAGGCUGACCAUGCUGGUGACGUCAGUUCCAGAAAUAAAAGCAUCGCUCCAGACUCUGCCUGCAAGCCCGGUCUGACAGCUGCAGGCUCUUCCAGCUGCAAGUUACCAACACCGGCAGCUAAGCAGGGCAGCCAAAGCCCAAAACUGACCAAACUUCACCAGCAAGUAACCCAGUUCAAGCUGCUGAGGCUUGCCCAGAAUAAAGCAUCCCCAGGCAGGAUGAGGUCACCUCUGCAGACAAGCCUGCGCUCUCUCCAGGCUGUCAGGAACAGCAGAAGUUUAGAGGUUGAUGUCAGCCAACCUGCAGGCCAAAGCGACCGCCAUCCUCCAGUUGUCCCGUCUUCCGGAACAGCGUCAAGCCGUGCCGCGUAUCUGAUCUCCAGCGACGUCGCCUGCUUGGCGAGAGAGUCCCCAGACAGGGUGACGGCGGUGAAAAGACUGCAGAGAUCCCAGUCCCUCAGUCCCAGCAGGAUUGCUCACCCUUCCAAGGGAUACCUGUCUGUUCGUGGGCGAGUUUUUGCCUCGCCAGACAGGAUGUCCACCGCGGCCUGGGGCAGGCAUGCCUCAUUCGUUCAAAGGUGAAAAAUGUUCACUGGCAAAUCCCCAUUAGACAAACUAAUGAGGAUGAGCACGAAAAGUGGCUUAAGAAUGUAUCUGUACUGUUUAAACUUCACCACAUUUGUCACACUGCAACUUCAAAACCUCGAUGUGUUUUAUGUGACUAACAAAGUAGUGCGUAGCUGGGAAGUAGAAAGCAAGUGAUUGUUUUUGAAAUAAAAAUCUGUAAAGUGUG